UAUUAUACACUUGUAUUAUGAAACGUGCACUACAUAAGCAACUGGGAUCAGAGGAGGGAAAAGAUUGAUGUAUAUAUACGACCGAAAAGAAGUGUUUGUCCCAGUAAGAACUAAUCAACUUCGAGUGUAGACUGAAGCUCGGAACUUGAAGAAAAUGAGGAUUUCUUACAUCACUUUUUUCCUCUGCUUCGCGUCUUCUCUGGCUGCAACAGUCGACCACAUAAAAAGAAGCUUCUCCGAUCUUGGCUGUAUGGGUGUCUAUGACCGGGCAAAGUUUGCUAGGCUGGACAGAGUUUGCGAAGAAUGCUACCAACUCUUCAGAGAAUCUGACGUCCACACAUCAUGCAGAUCCAAUUGCUUCAAGAAUAAUUUCUUCACUCAGUGCGUGGACGCUCUUUUACUCCGAAAAGAUCAACAACGCUUGGAUAAUAUGGUGGAACAACUUUAUGGGCGAUGACUUCUGGGAGUGAAUUGUAGUAAUAAUCUAUAGCUUGGAAAGCUAUCUGUGUUAUCUAGUUGCUUCAGCACUCGAAUUUAUAAAAAGAUAGAAUAAAAAUUGUUGCAAUGCA